CUAAUAAUUUUUCCUGGCUAGUGGCCUUAUCCAAACAUACCGCAAGCGAAAGCAGUCUGCGACUCCUCUUUCUCUCUCUGUUUCCGCCAUGAAUUCCUCCGAUUCCCAAAGCAUUAAUGGCGGCUCAACAAAUGCAUCCACCGCCGACUUCAAUUACGGUUUCCGGCGGCCGGAAAUGUACAAGACCCCUCUCGCCGGAACCGUCGACGCCUACGACCGCCACGUGUUUCUCUGUUACAGAAAUCCCGAGAACUGGCCGCACAGUGUCGAAGAUCCUGAGUCUGAUCCUCUUCCGAGGCUCUUAGCCGCCGCUCUCAAGUCCAACAACAACAGCAUUCACGGAAAGAUUCGAUUGACGAUGUGUGAGGGAAGCGAUGGUGGAGAGUCUUCGAACGGGGACAUCUUAAUUUUCCCAGAUAUGAUCAAAUAUAGGGGUUUGACACAUCUUGAUGUGGAUGCUUUCGUAGACGAUGUUUUUGUGAAGGGUUCCCAAUGGGCGUCAGGAACGGUAGAAAUGGAAAUGCUGAAUGGUUCAUAUGUAUUUGUGUGUUGCCAUAAGAAUCGAGACCGGAGAUGUGGCCAUUGUGGCCCUGUUCUUGUAGAGAGGUUUAAAGAAGAGAUGCUACUCCGAGCCACGAAACAUCAAGUGUUUGUUAGUCCUUGCUCUCACAUUGGUGGGCACCAGUAUGCUGGAAACUUGAUAAUUUUCGGCCCACGUCUUGAGGGAAAAUGUGAAGGUCAUUGGUAUGGCUAUGUAACUCCCAAUGAUGUCCCUGUUUUGCUUGAUGAGCAUAUCGAGAAGGGAAAGAUUAUGGAACGACUUUGGAGGGGCCAAAUGGGUAGUGAUGCAAGUAAGAAACUGGGAGAACCAAAGCUUCAAGAAACUAGUGCUGGGAUCAGCGACAAGGGAAGCAGUGGAUCAAAAGCUGGAGCAGUCUGUUGCUCUGAUGCUGAUGGGGUUUGUUGCCUUGAAAGGAACGAAGCCAUUGGAGAAACGAAUUUGAGAGAAGGCACUGGAACUAAGAGGCUUGGAAGACUAUAACCACAUAAAAUGGAAGGGAGAAAAGGUUGAUUCCUGCUGCUGCAGCUAUAGUUUACGGUGGCAUCUAAUUGCAGCGCCGUUCUUUUUACUGGUUUUUUGAGUACCUGUUUGUUGACUUGAUAAACAUGUAGGGGUUUGGGUUCCUUUAGAAAAUCUCCAGUUAACUGCUAAAAGUUGUGAGAGCUCGACGAUUCCAUGUCAUGUAUUUUAGGGAAAUUCUGUAGUCCACAAACAAAUAAUCCCUCUAGCUUGAGGUAUGAUCCAAUGUGAACUGGUUACAACUUGCAAA